AUGGAAUUAGGAUUCAGUGAUGAUGAAACUGUAUUGUCAUAUUAUAGAUCAGUACAAGAAAGGAAAACAAAUAGAUAUAAAUCAUUGUUAGGUGAUCAUGUAUCUGACGAAUUAAAAAAGACAUUCUUUGAUGUCAUUGUUAUUACAGCGAUAGAUGAACUUCAGAAACAACACUAUGAGAGAAUGAUUGCUGAGAAGAGACAAUCUCAUUUGAUUCCUUCGUUUGUAGAGUACUUUGUCAUUGCAGAUCCAAUCGGUGAGAAGAUAGGUUGUGGUGGUUCCACUCUCUAUGUACUAUCAGAGUUACAACGAUUGCUGACUGUUGACGACCAUCGACUUUCAAAAUCAAAGAUAUUACUCCUGCAUGCCGGUGGUUAUUCAAAGCGACUACCGAAUCACUCGACCAGUGGAAAGAUAUUUGCAUCGCUACCAUUCUCUUUGGCGCCGAACGGCGUUGCUCUGACGAUGUUGGAGAUGAAGAUUAUAAUUCUCAUUGAUUUCCCAGUGAGUAUGAAUCCCGAUGUCGGAACCGGUCACGGUAUUUUCAUUCUUGAGAACAACGAGUGCUAUACACCAAACCGAUCGAAUCAAUGUGUAAGAUACCUCCACAAACCAACCAAACAAAAGAUGCAGCUGGAAAACGCAAUAAUGCCAGAUCAGCAGGUUCUGUUGGACAGUUGCUAUUUCUUUGAUCAUGCAACCACCGAGAUAUUCCUUCGAUACUACCGAGAGAACUCACCGAUUCAAUGUGAAAUCGAUGCCUACAGUGAUUUCCUUCAGCCACUAGGAUCGAAUUCCAAACCCGAUUACUUUGAAAAUAAGAAUAAUGUUUCAAUUUAUAAACCAAUGAUUUCAGUUGAAAGAGAAAAGUUAUUCAAUUUAUUAAAGAAUUGUAAUCUAAGUGCACUACCAUUGAAUCCAUCUUGUUUUAUUCAUAUUGGAACUUGUCAUGAAUAUAUUGAACAUUUCACAGUGAAUUUUCCAAAGAUUGGUGCUAAAAGAAUCAUCUACAGUCAUCAAAAUGGUGAGAGAAAAGAUGAUAUAUCACUAGCUACCAAUUCCUGUUUAAUACACUGUUUGAUGAAUAAGGGACAAUACAAAAUAGAGGAAUCGACAGUCAUUGAGUAUUGUCUAUUCAAUAACAUCAAUAUUUCAAUUGGAAAGCGUUGUAUUUUAGCAGAUUUAGAUUUGGAUUCAUUCAGACAAGACAAGAAAUCAGAGGGAGUCGACAAUAUUGUUAUUCCAUCAAAUACAUUCAUUCAAACGCUAUCACUAACGGGUAAUCGUUAUGUCACAAUUAUAUUUGGUGUAGACGAUAGUCUGAAAGCAACUUCCAAUCCAACAAUAUUUGGUCAACCAAUGACAAAGCUACUAUGUCAGGAAAAACGAUUAACUGAACAACAGAUUUGGACAGAUGAAGAGUCAAGAAAAUCACCAUCGCUAUGGACAGCCGCGAUUUACCCAGUGUGUAGCUAUCCAUUGCAAUCGUUCCUCACAUCUUACCGAUUGCUCCUACAGCCAAACAACGACUUUGACUACACCAAACUAAACUCUAACAAACUCUAUUCUUUAGAAUCAUGUUUAUCGGAAAAGGAUUUACAAUCACAAGCAACUCAUAGAAUAAAUUUAACAAACUCAAUUGCCAAAUUAAUUUAA